AUGGAUCAACCUAAUCCAAAUAUUCCCACUCAAGGUCAACAACCGACUGCAACUAUAACUGGUCCAAGUACUUUCAAACAAGGCCGAAAACGUAUAAUGGAUGAAGUUGAUCCAAACGCUUCCAAACAAAGUCAGCAACAACAAUCAAUGGAUCAACCCGGUCCGAGUACUUCCAAACGAAGUCGGAAACGGCCAAUCAAUGAAAUCAGUCCAAGCAUUUUUAGCCAAGCGUCUGGCUCAACUAAUGAACCCAGUCCAAGUGCUCCAAAACAAAGUCGGAAACAACCGAUUGAUCAACCCAUUCCAAGUACUUCCAGUCAAGACCAGCAACAUUCAAUGGGACAAGGCGAGUCUUCAAAUACUGCUUCAAAUCGAGUGAUUAUAUUAAGCCAAAAAUAUCAGGAAACCCUUGAUGGUCUAAAGCAAGGGCUUGUAGCGUCUAAAAAAAUACAAAAGAAAAAACGCCAAGAAUAUAAUGAUCAUACAGACCUUGGAUUGGAACAAUGGUCAGCGUUAGCAAUGGGAGAAGAUAUAUCUGGAUCAACGUACAAUCCAAAGGUUGAAAAGAUAUUGAAACAAGAGUAUGAAAAGGCAAGCAAAAGAGUAUAUAAUUUCAGACAACGAUUGAAGGAUUUUAUGAAAGAGCAUGGUUUGAGAUUUCAAGAGCCGGAAUCAGAUUCAGAUUGA